CUGAGAGAGAGGGUAAGGACGUGUUAAGACCAACGCUGACAAGAAGAAACUUUGCCUGUCUGCAGUCAUGAAGGUGUGCAUCAUUGGUGCGGGUGUCAUCGGUCUCUCCACUGCUCAGAGCAUCUACCAGCACUUCCACAGCAGAGUCUCUCCUCUGACCAUAGAGGUUUAUGCUGAUAUCUUCACUCCUCUGACCACCAGCGACGGGGCAGCUGGAUUCUGGCAGCCCUAUCUCUACGACAAGGGCAACGUCAAAGAAACUCAAUGGAACAAAGAGACCUUUAACUAUCUACUGAGUUUCAUCAGCUCUCCAGAUUCAAUCAAAAUGGGAAUCUUCCUUCAGUCUGGCUACAAUCUGUGUGCUGAACCAAUGCUGGAGCCCUCAUUUAAAGAAGCGGUUUUGGGUUUUCGUCAGCUUUCUAAACGGGAAUUAGAGAUGUUCCCGGGUUACAGUUUUGGCUGGUUUAACACUGCUCUCGUAAUUGAAGGAAAGACGUAUUUACCCUGGCUCAUGGAUUGGUUAAAUCAAAGAGGGGUCAAAUUUUUUCAGAGGAAGAUUGAUUCAUUUAAAGAGUUGUCAGACAGUGGUGCUGAUGUGAUCAUCAACUGCUCUGGUGUUCGCUCAGGAGAGCUGCAGCCUGAUCCUGAGCUCCAGCCAGCCAGAGGACAGAUCAUAAAGGUAGACGCUCCCUGGUUAAAGCACUGGGUCAUCACGCAUGAUUCCAAAUUAGGAACCUAUAAUACACCGUACCUCAUUCCUGGGAGUCGUUUGGUCACUGUUGGUGGAGUUUUCCAAGUGGGAAACUGGAGUCGGCUGAACAGUUCUGUUGAACAUAAACAAAUCUGGGAAGCCGCUUGCAAACUUGAGCCCAGUCUACAGCAUGCGCGGAUAGUAGAAGACUGGACUGGUCUCAGACCUGCACGCAGUAAAGUCAGACUGGAGAGAGAAUCCAUAAGAUCUGGAGGACACUCAUUUGAGGUCAUCCAUAACUAUGGACAUGGAGGUUUUGGACUGACCAUCCAUCGUGGGUGUGCUGAGGAAGCUGCUCGGCUCUUUGGACAGUUCCUGGAGCAGAAAGGAUUGCUAGCAGCACAAGCUAAAUCACGUCUCUGAAAGAUAUGAGCCUCUUUGAACAGUGUUAUCAUUAAUCAUACAUCAGCAAUAUUUUCCCUAAUCUCAUGUGCUCUGAUUUCAAAAGAUACAAUUAUUACUAUAUAAUGUUUGUGAUAUGCGUUAUGAGUGACCCAAUGUUUCUGUUUUCUCUUUUUUCUCAUUUUUUUGACUGCAUUAUCAUUGCCUUUGGCAGUGUGUGCCGGUAACGGCAAAAAAUGCCAGUGGUAUACUAUUCUUCUCCAAGGAAUGUAAAACGAGCAGCUAAAUUACAAUGCUUUACACUAACUUGUAUUUUUUUAUGAGUCAAUUUUUUUUUACACUAACUUGUCUUAACAAAUGUCUUGAUGGGCUGGGACACAGCAGCUCUUCUGGCUUCAGUCUCCCUUUCUUUACGUUUCUGGUGCCCUGAUUUAUGUUUUCAUUUAAUUUUAUUGGUAAGUCAAUCCUUUGAUCAAGUUUAUCUACAAAUUAAACACUGGUCUUAUUCAC